AAAAACAGCCGCUCUGAGCCGCAAAUGGGAAGACGGAUUCACAGACCAGACUUGCAAAUGCCCCACAGCUAUCGCAGCCAUCAUCUAACUGAGCCCACAGAGCCCUCAUGGUUUGUCACCCGGCCCUCCCGGAUCGCCUUAUUUGUCUCUAGUGAAACCCUGAGGCUUUGGUCCUGCCCGGCUUCUUGGUAGCUGGAUGCCUGUCGUGCUCUCGGUAGCGCGGGCGCAGGGCACGCGUUUGCGCACACUCGCGCUCCUAGGAAAACGCACAAGAGCUGAACCGAACCGGGUUUCAACCAUUUCAAAAAAGGAGACAGCCUCUACCGCAAUUGUCGAAGAGACCGCGGUGUGAAUUAGGAACUGGGAGGCGUCGAGCGGCGGAACGGUCCAUCUCAGAGACUAAUUUUCUGGAGUUUCUGCCCCUGCUCUGCGUCAGCCCUCACGUCACUUCGCCAGCAGUAGCAGAGGCGGAGGCAGCAGCGGCGGCGGCGGUGGCUCCCGGAAUUGGGUUGGAGCAGGAGUCUCGCUCGCUCCUUCGCUUGCGCUCUCUGCGCUCAGUGCUCGGCGGCAGGAGGAGCCUGGACCCGGGCGCCGCCGGCAGGCGGUAGGCGCCGGAGCCGGCCCCGAGGUGCGUCUGGGAUCUCAGUGCGUGUCUAGCAAGGAGCCUGCGUCCCAGAGAGUCCCCGGAGCCCCGCCGGCUGGUGCCCAGCGCGCCGGGCCAUGCUGCUGCGGCCACAGCGGAGCUCCUAGCGGCGGUAGCGCCCCCUGUGAGGAGGCCGGAGAUGCCUCUGCCACUGUGAACGGUGCUGCCCGCCAGGAUACGCUCAGCCCCGGACCCUCUGGGCUGUGCGGGCCCGCGACCCACACCGAGUAGGGAGAGCAGCGAGCGCGGCAAAGACCGCCCAGCACGGGCAGCGGAGGCCGCCCGGUGCAGCGCAGGGACGCGUACUCAGUCUGACUGGGGCUGGCACAGGCGGCUAGCUAUGUCGUCCUGGACGAGGUGGCAUGGACCCGCCAUGGCACGGCUCUGGGGCUUCUGCUGGCUGGUUGUGGGCUUCUGGAGGGCCGCUCUCGCCUGUCCCACGUCCUGCAAAUGCAGCGCCUCUCGGAUCUGGUGCAGCGACCCUAUUCCUGGCAUCAUGGCAUUUCCGAGGUUGGAGCCUAACACUAUAGACCCUGAGAACAUCACCGAAAUUUACAUUGCAAAUCAGAAAAGGUUAGAAAUCAUCAACGAGGAUGAUGUUGAAGCUUACGUGGGACUGAAGAAUCUGACAAUUGUGGAUUCAGGAUUAAAAUUUGUGGCUCAUAAAGCAUUUCUGAAAAACAGCAACUUACAGCACAUCAAUUUUACUCGAAAUAAACUGACGAGUUUGUCUAGGAAACAUUUCCGUCACCUUGACUUGACUGAGCUGAUCUUGGUGGGCAAUCCGUUCGCAUGCUCCUGUGAUAUUAUGUGGAUCAAGACUCUUCAGGAGAGUAAAUCCAGUCCAGAAACUCAGGAUUUGUACUGCCUAAAUGAAAGCAGCAAGAAUAUUCCCUUGGCGAACCUGCAGAUCCCCAAUUGUGGUUUGCCGUCAGCAAAUUUGGCCGCGCCUAACCUCACUGUGGAGGAAGGGAAGUCUAUCACAUUAUCUUGCAGUGUUGAGGGUGAUCCAGUUCCGAGUUUGUACUGGGAUGUCGGUAAUCUGGUUUCCAAACAUAUGAAUGAAACAAGCCACACACAGGGCUCCUUAAGGAUAACUAACAUUUCAUCUGAUGACAGUGGAAAGCAAAUCUCUUGUGUGGCAGAAAAUCUUGUAGGAGAAGAUCAAGAUUCUGUGAACCUCACUGUGCAUUUUGCUCCAACUAUCACAUUUCUCGAAUCUCCAACCUCAGACCACCACUGGUGCAUUCCAUUCACUGUGAAAGGCAACCCCAAGCCCGCGCUUCAGUGGUUCUAUAACCGGGCAAUACUGAAUGAGUCCAAAUACAUCUGUACUAAAAUCCAUGUUACCAACCACACGGAGUACCACGGCUGCCUCCAGCUGGAUAAUCCCACUCACAUGAACAAUGGGGACUACAGGUUAGUCGCCAAGAACGAGUAUGGGAAGGAUGAGAAACAGAUUUCUGCUCACUUCAUGGGCUGGCCUGGCGAUGACGGUGCAGACCCAAAUUAUCCCGACGUAAUUUAUGAAGAUUAUGGGACUGCAGCGAAUGACAUCGGGGACACCACGAACAGAAGUAACGAGAUUCCUUCCACAGAUGUUGCUGACAAAGCCGGGCGGGAGCACCUCUCGGUUUAUGCUGUGGUGGUAAUUGCAUCUGUAGUGGGAUUUUGUCUGCUGGUAAUGCUGUUUCUGCUGAAGUUGGCAAGACACUCCAAGUUUGGCAUGAAAGAUUUCUCAUGGUUUGGAUUUGGGAAUGUAAAAUCAAGACAAGGUGUUGGCCCAGCUUCAGUUAUCAGCAAUGAUGAUGACUCUGCUAGCCCACUCCACCACAUCUCCAAUGGGAGUAAUACUCCAUCAUCUUCAGAGGGCGGCCCUGAUGCUGUCAUUAUUGGAAUGACGAAGAUCCCUGUUAUUGAAAAUCCCCAGUACUUUGGCAUCACCAACAGUCAGCUCAAGCCAGACACAUUUGUUCAGCACAUCAAGCGGCAUAACAUUGUUCUGAAAAGGGAGCUAGGUGAAGGGGCCUUUGGAAAAGUGUUCCUAGCUGAAUGCUAUAACCUCUGUCCUGAGCAUGACAAGAUCUUGGUGGCUGUGAAGACGCUGAAGGACGCCAGCGACAAUGCGCGCAAGGACUUCCACCGAGAGGCCGAGCUGCUGACCAACCUCCAGCACGAACACAUUGUCAAGUUCUACGGUGUCUGCGUGGAGGGCGACCCGCUCAUCAUGGUCUUUGAGUACAUGAAGCACGGGGACCUCAACAAGUUCCUCAGGGCACACGGACCUGACGCCGUGCUGAUGGCUGAAGGCAACCCGCCGGCGGAGCUGACACAGUCGCAGAUGCUGCACAUUGCCCAGCAAAUCGCAGCGGGCAUGGUGUACCUGGCAUCCCAGCACUUCGUGCACCGAGACCUGGCCACCCGGAACUGCCUGGUCGGGGAGAACCUCCUGGUGAAAAUCGGGGACUUUGGCAUGUCCCGGGAUGUGUACAGCACUGACUACUAUAGGGUUGGUGGCCAUACGAUGCUGCCCAUCCGCUGGAUGCCUCCAGAGAGCAUCAUGUACAGGAAGUUCACCACAGAAAGUGACGUCUGGAGCCUGGGGGUGGUGUUGUGGGAGAUCUUCACGUAUGGCAAACAGCCCUGGUACCAGCUGUCCAACAACGAGGUGAUAGAAUGCAUCACUCAGGGCAGAGUCUUGCAGAGACCUCGAACAUGCCCACAGGAGGUCUACGAGUUGAUGCUGGGGUGCUGGCAGCGAGAACCCCACAUGAGGAAGAACAUCAAGGGCAUCCACACCCUCCUUCAGAACUUGGCCAAGGCAUCUCCUGUCUAUCUGGAUAUUCUAGGCUAGGGCUCUUUCCCCCAGACCGAUCCUUCCCAAAGCACCUCCUCAGAUGGGCUGAGAGGAUGAACGUCUUUUCACUGCUGCUGGAUGCCAUCAAUCUGCUGUUCUCUACUCUGACGGUAUUAACAACAAAGACACUACAAAGCUUUCAGAGGGAAGCAAUGUGUACUUCUCCAUCGGUAGACACAGUAUGGACUUCUUUUUGGCAUUAUCUCUUUCUCUCUUUCCAUCUCCCUUGGUUUGUUCCCUAGUUUUUGUUUUGUAUUGACUUUUUUUGUCUUCCCUGCUUCACAGUCCUACCUUUCUUUUCUAAUCGAUCUGGCUUCUGCAUUACUCUUAACUCUGCAUAGACAAAGGCCUUAACAAACCUAAUUUGUUAUAUCAGCAGACACUCCAGUUUGCCCACCACAACUAACAAUGCCUUGUUGUAUUCCUGCCUUUGAUGUGGAUGAAAAAAAGGGAAAACAAAUUUUGACUUAAACUUUGUCAUUUCUGCUGUACAGACAUCGAGAGUUUCUAUGGAUUCACUUCUAUUUAUUUAUUAUUAUUACAUUUCUUAUUGUUUUUGGAUGGCUUAAGCCCGUGUGUGAAAAAGGAAAACUUGUGUUCAAUCUGGAAAGCCCUUUUAGUAUGGGAGACUGAAACCAGAGAGAGAGAAGAUUUUAUUAUGAACCGCAAUAUGGAAGGAACAAAGACAACCAUUGGGAUCCGUCCCUACUUAGGAAAAACCGAGCGGCUGUUAGCUGGGAGGAAUGUAUUCGGCACCUUCCUUUGAGGACCUUUCUGAGGAGUGAAAAGACUGUUGAACUCUGUGACAUGGACUACCCAUUCCCGUCAGCGGAAACUCUAGAGUGUAGUAGAGAGAAAAGAUGGCUCCGUGAGAGAGAAGAUGGUGCCUCCCACACUCAGACAUCCUUGUCUUUGUAGGUCACAGUAAUAGCACGGGCUUGUUUCUCCAAAUGUUAUCAAAUGACCCUUUGUCAAGUUCUGAAAAUAGGUGGACUCUUGUCCAGAGCUCAUUUCAGGAUGGGGUAGAAAAGCCAAGGACUUGGAAAAGAUAAGAAGAGCUCUACAUUCGGAGGCAAGCUUCUCUUAUAUCAAACUUUUCAGACAGCACUUCCCUCCAACCCCUACCCGCCACCUGCCUGUCCUUUUAACUGUGCAAGCAAAAUUGUGCAUGGUCUUCGUCGAUUACUACCUUGUAUGCAGAAACUACUGCUCCAGACGUCGUGCCCCUGCCAUGUAGAGCAGAUUCAUAAAAGGUGUAACUUACAUAAUGAGGGGAAGCUAAUGGAACUCAUUAGCUGGGUAUACAUGUCUCUGGGCCGUAGGGUGGUGAUGGGUUUCAACAAAUACGGACCCUGAAACCCGGAUGUCCUCAUGCACGUCAAACCCACUGUGAGACUGUGGGACUGUGGGAAGGGCUAAGUCAGUCCCCGAGAGAAAGGACACCUCAUCUCCGGGCACGUUGUAUGCAUUGGUGUUCAGUGUAUGCAGGCCAGUCCUCGCUGGGGCUCCGGUUGGGAGAGUGGUUUCAUUCCAAGUGUACUCCACUGUCAGUAUGCUGUUUUGUUUCCUUCACUCCAUUUAAAGAAGUAAAAUAAAAAAUUAGGCACAGCAUGCCAACGGGAGGUUAUGCCCAGACCAAGCUUUGGAGGUGUGCCUCUGGGCACCAUCACAGGUUUUGUGAAAUGAGGUUGUAAAUUUAAAUAGAAAUUUACAGUUAUUUGGGUGAUCAGUUACACCAAGGAAGAACAAUAUUUCUGUUCCUCAAGAAAACUUGAUACCCUCUGUGAGGGGAAUUUUGCUAACUUGACAUCUUUAUAACACGAGCCAGAUUGAAAGGGAGUGAUUUUAAUUCAUCUUAAGUCAUUUUAUUUCAUAUUUGUUUCUGAAGGUGCAAUUGCUCUGUUUAGGUUUUGCUUGUGCCCUUAAUUACUGGAACACCCUUAUUUUUCAUUAUAGGGUUUGAAAAAGCCAGUCUAAAAAAAAAAAAAAAAGUCAAUUCACAGAGAACAAAAGGAAAUCCAUUAGCAUCUGCAGUCAAGUGAAGGGGGUCGGACAAGACAAACCUUACAGUCUCUUCAAGCUCUGCGCUGGCCUAUAGAUCGUGGAGUUGAGAUGUUUUUUCUCUUUGUCAGUGAAAAAAACCCACCAGAAUACACAUAAUAAUAUAAUGAAAGCCAUAUCUCCAUGAUAUAUACCUGUACGUAUAUAUCCUAUUAAGGACCCAUGGUACUGUUAAAACACUGUGGCACUCUGUGAAGCAGUAAAAAGGGGCAGAUUUGUACAAAACUUUUCUAGAUUCCAUCAGCGGUGACCUGAAAACCUGCACAGGUUUGCCAUUCUGCGGGAUUGGCCAGCUGCUCUGGGAGGAGAAGCUGCAACUUAUUUGUCUUAUUUUAAUGGAGAGCAAAGAGGCAAUGCUCUAAAGGAUCAAAUUCAAGGAAGGCUGUGCAGUUUUAGAGCAAGGAUUUGUUUAAGGCACAUGAGAAGAUGGGAGCAUCCCAUUCCAUUCCAGUGUUGUUUUCCUCUGAGGAAUAAAAGCAAAAAAAGCAAAAACAAAUACACACCUCUCCUUACCUUUUGACAAGUCCCUCAAGGUCUUGAAAUGAAAGGUUCUAUGCAAGUGCAAAGCUCUGUAGUUAUUUAUAUGCUUCUUGUUUUUCCCUCUGUUGUCUCAAGAGUAUGUACUGAUUUCAGCAAUGUCUUGCAUUGAAAGAAUACCAGAUUGCUUUAAAAGUAGCUGAAUGAAGCACCGAAUAUCUUCAGGUGUUCCACACUGGUCCUCCACAAUCCCCUCUUCUCAUGCUCUUCUCACUUUUAGAAAAGGAGCAAUCUCACUCUAAAACCUAGCCUGCCAUCAAAUUCAUUAAAAGCCGCAACAAGAAUAGUGUCAGACCUAAUUCUCUAGCCCAAACUCUGACAGUCAUUCCCACUAAUAAAUUGUUUCCUAGUUUUCUAAACGGUUUUCACAUAUGUUAGCAAAUGAGUCCCAUUUUUUUUUAUAGGUGAGGAAAUUAAGACUCGGGGAAGUUCAAUGGCAUGCUAGAAAUCUGCAGGCUAGAUUCUGACACCACUGGGACUGAGUCUAAAUGUUCUGACUCUGAAGUUCAUGAUUCAGUCCACCAGAGACUCCAACCCAGGAAAGAAAGAACACUAACAAAUUCAUGAAGCAGGAUAUGAAGUUAGAAGAACAAAAUGAAACACAUGAGAUGACAAGCAGCUGAGAUAAAGUGGUAUAUAAUCAUAUUCAUAGCUUCAGCUAAAUCCUUGUACACUGAACCAAUGUCAUAAUCAGGCUUAUUUAGAAAAUAUUUUGAACUAUGCUAUAAAGGAUUAUAUCAGAAUUCAUAUUAUGCAUAUGUGUUUACAUCAGCGCUACCUGUGGUAUGUUUAUGUAUUUAUAUGUGUGUUAUAAAUACUUGAUUUAUACAUAGACAAGCACGCAAACAUAGUGUGUUUGUGUGCUUAUGUAUAAAUGUAUAGGCACACAGUAAUAGAGAUAAUUAUAAGUAGGGUGCAGUAUGAAUAAUUUGCUUAAAAUCUGCUACAUAACCAAAACUCUUUAACGUCGUGUUGCUGUGAGUGCUUCCAUUCUCCAUGUGGAUAGGACUACACCACACUUCUCAACUCUGUGCAGUACUUCACGGGAGGAAAGCCUGGUUAAGACAAUGUGCUUCCCAAAACAACUGACUCAAAGCCAUCCCACCACACCGAGUCCUUUUUCUGGCUCCAUGCAAAGAAAAAAGCGAACUGAGCUAGAUUUCCUUCUGUAAAGGUCCAAGAAAGGAAAAUGGAUUUUUUCUCAUCUUUUUUGCUCCUUUGUGUUAGCUCAUCUUGUCCCACUAUGACCCCUUUAUUUCUUGUGUUCAGAGUUCAGACAUUCCAGAGAGAGUGGAAAUGUUGGGAGCCCAGUGCUUCAAAGGCCAAUGGGGAGAAGUCCAAGACCCCACACUGAGGUGAGCAACUCUGAGGAAUUCCCACAUCCAGGUGGGAGCACAAGCAACAACAAGGCACAAGUCUGUCCUUGGCAAAGAACCAUGAGGAAAGGAGCUCCUGGUCAGAAGUAGGCUAUUUUUUUUACCCUUUCCUUUUGCAAAAUGGACCUUCUAUAAUGCCAACAGCAUUAAAUUAUGUGUCUAAUUAGAUAAAUGACUGCAUAUACACACCCUCAGUUCUCUCUCUCUCUCUCUCUCUCUCUCUCUCUCUCUCUCUCUCUCUCUCUUUCUUCCCUUUCAAUGGAGGACUUUUAUCUCCAAUGUUUGACCUUUGAUUUGGCCUCCAUCACUGUUUCAGAAAAUUUCACGAGAGGGAUGGCUGGUGAUUUAACUCCUCAGAUGGCUAAGUGAGCAGUUAAAGCAGUUUCUUUACAAUGCGUCAUUGUGGAAUGCAGAGACUCCCAGGUUGUGAUAGCAAAUGCUAUUCUAGAGAAUUAGAGGUGGGUGGUAUUUGUAGUUAAAUAUGACAGUACAUGAAGGGUAUUUUCUUGUUGUCAAGGCUGGAAUGAAUCACUGCUUCUCGAGUCAAAGGUUAUUCAAUAUCUUUAGGUUCUGAUGCUUCCCCUUUCUCUUAUUUAUUUAUUUAUUUAUUUAUUUAUCUAUCUAUCUAUCUAUCUAUUUAUUUUGCUCCAUUUAUCACAAACACAAAGCAAAGCAAAAAAUAUAUAUAUGUAUAUGUAUAUGUGUUGCAGGCAAAACACUGUGAAUUUCACAUCAACAACCAAGCAACUAUUUUGCCAUCUUACCAUACGUCUCAGGAGACGAAAUGGGAAAACAUGGGAUGUCAUUUUUUUAGUCUAUGCAUUCUAGGCCAGGUCUGUGUUUGUUUUAUUCCUUUGGUCUGUGCAUUCAUAAAAAUGAUCCUAAGUGAAGGUUGGCUGACUGUUGAACAUACUGGAGCAAGCAUAAUAAAAGCUGCUAAUAGUCAUGGUUGAACUGGAAAAAGAAAAUUGGAGAACAUAAAAUGAAAUGUAACAGCCUACAUCUUGCAGCUUGUAUAUCUUACUAUUGCUUUAAAAAUGUAUAAAACUGCUGGAAAUGUUUUAAAUGCAAGGUCUUUGAAUUAAAUGGGGACUUUAAAUAUGUAAUCUCUUGACAAAUGACCAAAUUAUGGUAAAAUAUUGCUCCCUGCCUUCAUUGAUCAUUACCUGUCAGUUACAAAUCUGCCUAGAGAUGUGGACACUCUCUGCAUUUGCUUCUGUACAUGGAGAGAUGUUUGUAUAUAUCCGGGCCAUACACACACACACACACACACACACACACACACAUACAUACACACACAUACACACACACAUUUCAAUAUCUCUCUGAAGAUAUAUUGCCCCUUAAAUUGUGACCUGGUAUUUGGAACUCUUUAUUUGCUUUAUUUUCUUUUUAAUGUGACGUCUCUGUGCUAAUUAUUACUGGUUCCUGUUUUGCAAUCUGUUUUGAGGUCCAUUGCUUUACUAAGACCCACUGCAUCUUGGCUGAUUUCAAAGUGACACCAGAAUAUCAAUGUUUAAAAAUAAAAAGUUUUGUUUGUAAA